AUGGAAUGGACGGCUGAAGCCCUCAUUAAGGCCGCCAUAGAGCACGACGUCACCAACAAAGUGUGGAUAGCUGUGGAGGUAUGCUUAUUAACGCAUACCUCCUGGUCCUUACACAAGAAGCUUCCCAAAGAAAAUGGAAUCAGAAAAAUUGGGACUGCAGUUGGGAUUGCUGAGCCAGUAAUAACAAUAUAAGGCUUCAGUGAUUUCAUACAUUCUUUUAAACCCCAGUGUCAACAGGAAGAUGCAAAUAAAAGAAAGCUCUGUAAUCAGGUCUGCAACUGCACCAGUGUGACAGCCGAAGAUAUCAUCAGUGCAGACCCAUCUUUCUCUUUUUCUGUUUACACGGCUGUGUAUGCCAUCGCUCAGGCUUUACAUACUGUCCUGCAAUGUGGAGCUGCCAAGUGUAACAACAACACAACGGUACAACCACACAUGUAUGUACACAGGACUCUGUGCAAUCUGCACCUGGUGGAGUACAUACCGUUCACAGACAGUGGUGCCAUAGUGAUCGUGAUGGGAACCUGCACCUUAAUGGGUCUCACAGUUGCUAUAUCUAUUCUCUUUGCUAUUAACUACAACACUCCUGUUGUCAGAUCUGCUGGAGGACUGAUGUGCUUCCUGAUUUUAAGCUGCCUCAGUCUGUGCAGUCUCAGUGUGUUCUUUUACUUCGACAAACCCACAAGUGCUUCGUGUGUAUUUAGGUUUUUACCGUUUCUGUUGUUCUUCACCGUUUGUCUGGCAGGUUUUGUUGUGCGCUCUUUUCAGAUUGUUUGUAUUUUCAAAAUCGCAUCUAAAUUCCCGAAACUCCUCAGCUGGUGGAUGAAAUACCACGGACAGUGGCUGGUCAUCAGUGGGGCAUUCGUCUCACAAGCUGUUCUACUUUUAAUCAGUUAUUCCAUAACCCGUCCCAAACCUUUCAGUGAUCGAUUGUUAUAUUUGGACAAAACCGUUCUAGGUUGUGACAUUGAUCUAAAAUCAAUGUCUGGCCCUGUGAUUUUUCUGUCGUCAUUAUGCUGCCUUUGUUUUAUUUUUUCCUACAUGGGAAAAUACCUCCCAAAGAAUUACAAUGAAGCCAAAUCCAUAACCUUCUGCCUGAUGCUGCUGAUCCUCACCUGGAUCAUCUUUGCCACUUCAAGCAUACUUUACCGGGGGAAAUAUGUCUCAUCAUUUAACGCAUUGGCAGUACUGUCCAGUCUUUAUUCUUUUCUGGUGUGGUAUUUCUUUCCAAAAUGUUACAUUAUUAUGUUUCAUCCCAACAAAAACACACAACACUUCCAAGGUCUGAUUCAAAAUUUUACCAAAACAAUUAGUCAGUAG